AUGUCUGACGUUGCACCUGUGUUUAGGGUUUGUGCGAAAGAGGAAUGUAAGGUGAGACUACCGAAAGCUGAGGUAGAUCCUCACACGGUUUGUGGUAAAUGUAGGGGGAAUGAUUGUUCAGCAACUAACACCUGUGUAGAGUGUGAAAGUUUAACUGAAGUUGAAUGGAAGAGUUUGGCUGCUUAUAUCAGAAAGCUGGAGAAGGAUAGAGUCAGGAAGGCUUCCAUCAGAAGCUCUAGUAGAUCCUGCUCUAUUGAGCAUGAGGUAGCUCCUAACUCUUCUGUUGAUUCUCCUGCUCCUAGUCUGGUUUCAGCCCCUUCCCCCCGCAGCGAACCCGUGGAUUCGUCAACGGAGAUGGCUGCAAUGAGGGCCUCUAUUCUCAGCUUGCAAUCGCAACUGCAAGCGAUGAAAGACAAAGAUUCGUCUUCACCGAGAAGAGCCUGGAGUUCGUCGUCUAAGUCUCGUCCUCUCAAGAGAGUCUGGAAGCCUCCUGCAGGCAACGCCUUGGAUUCCAGCCCUGAGCCUUUCCCAGAGUAUUCACCUGCUCGGAAGAAGAGAGUGCCUAGAUCUCCUGACUCCUCUCCGGAAGGAGUUUCUUCUAUGACGAAGGAAGGCUCUUCUCGAAAGAAGGACUUAUCCCUUCUCAUCAAGAGCUCAGUUAUGAGAGCCUCUGAUAGUAGGCGCUCUGGCGCCAGCAAACGCCCGUCGCCUGAAAGGUAUUCGUCCCCAGUGAAACCUUCUUCUUCAUUUGCCUACACUCAUAGACGUACGUCUUCUCCUAUUAAGCCCUCGGAUGAUCGGAAGCCCCCUUCUGCUAAGAGACCAUCCAGGAGUUUGUCACAAGGCACAAGCGCCUCUCCUGACGGGCGCCAGGAGCCUGAGAGCCUCCUGCUUUCUGACGUAUCACGGAUCUCAUGUGAGAGAAUUCAUUCGUCCAGACGUUCCGGAAAAGACGAGAGCCCCUCUCUGUACAGAGUCCCAGAAGAAAGUAGCAGGAUUCGCUCUACUUCCAGACGAGCUUCAGGGGAAGGACGCUCCCCUUCUUACAAGCGCCUAGAGUCUAAGAGGCUCCCAGAUUCUGUUGGACCUUCCAGGCGUCCUAUUAAGGACUCAAGCGCCUCUCCUAGUAGGCACCAGGAUCUUGGCAGGUGCUAUUCGCCUUCCAGGCGUCCCAUGAAGGACGCAAGCGCCUCUCCUGCAUGGCGCCAAGAUUAA